GCACUAUCUUUGUCUUUUCUAGGGUUUAUCGUUCUCUCUCUCUCUCGAAAUCUCUAUCUCACUUUUUCCGUACAAUCAAUCACUAAGAUCUACUCAGGAUCUACUUGAGAUCUCAAGAGGCCCUGUACAGAUUUUGAUUCAUUCCGUUUUUCAAGUUGUUGUGAUCUCUUAAUCCAGAUUAUUCUAUAAUUUACCCACUUUUUGUACUUUGUUUUUGUUGUUAGAUUUCCAAGAUAUCAUCCUGUUAUCACUCAUUAUUGACAUCAAUGAAGCACAAAUACUCUAAAAUCUAUGUCACCGAUCCGACGAUGUGCUCUCAGACGUAGUCACCAAUACAUAUCUACAGAGUAUCUAAAUUUUUUUAUUAAUUUUUUUUUUUUGAUAUGCCGGUGACACGUCUCCGAUACGUUAGUGAUACGUCUGCGAUAUGCUGGUUAAACUCGUGACUACUUUUAUUUCUAGAACAUAAUCAAUUUUCUUUAAAUUUAUUUUUUCUUUUCUCAACUUUAAUUACCUCGUAACUUUCAUUUUUCUGCGACAUGAACAAAACUUUUCUUUUAACUACUUUUCACUCAACUUUACCUAUCUUUUAUUUUUCUCAUAAUUCCUUUACCAAUUACUAUCAAAUUUUGCAAAUUCAAUUGAAGUAAAAUUUAUUUUUAAUUUUUUAUAUUCAUUUUUUGAGCGUAUCAUAUUUUAGAUUUUUCAAUGACUGACGUACCUCCGUAUCAUAUUCGUGCUUCAUUGAUUGACCUAGUUGAUGAUGUUUUAUUUGUCCUUGAAAUAAUGAUAAAUGUCGUCACUUGGUAGUUAUAAUCUAUAACCCUUGUUAAGAUUUAGGGUACAAUAGUGAAUAGUAUAUUUUGUUAUUUUCUGAAGUUAGUGAUAAUGUUUUUCUUAUUUUUCAUUGAUUAUUGAUGGUAGCUACUAGCUAGUUGUUGUCCUGUGUUAGAGACAGAUUUUCAUUUAUUUUAAUGUUUUGUAUUCUUUCUUUUCCUCUUUUCUAGAAAAUUGUAAGUUACCCUUAUGUUUCUCUGGUUAAAAACCUAUAUAUAUGUAACAGUGUGUUACUGUCACUGUUUCUUUGGUUAAACCUAUAUAUAUGUAACAUUGCAUGACAGAAGCAGCUAUCAUUUGCCCUCAAGUAUCAUCAUCAAAGAAAGACAUGGAUCUUCAUCAAUGCUUUGGUCACAGGAGAAAGUCUUUGCCGUUUGUCGAAGAGGAUGGCUAUUCUGCUUCAUUUGAUUCUGGUGCCAAUAACUGGUUGGCUUUCUGGUUGUAUUUAGUGGCAAGUUCAUACUUUCUGUUUAAGGGAAAUGUCAACUUUUUCGGCGGCAGCAGAAUAAAAUCUCAAGAGAGUGUUUCAUCAUGUAACAUAAGCACACCAGAUGAGGGAAAGAAGAAUGAUGCAACUGUUGUAGAUGAUGCAGUUAGCUACUCUGAGGGCUUAGGGUCUCCCAACAGUACUUGUUCAUCCACCUAUUUUGAUGCUUACUCGGAGAUUUCAGAUUUUGACAGAACAAGUUACUGGCAUUCUUUAGUGAAUCUUGAAGAGGAAGACUCUGAAUGGCUUUCAGAUUCAAUGAUAUCUGAGAACCCUUCAAGUCCUCUAAGCAACAGUGGUGAUUCUUUCACUGAUUUUUCAGAUGUAGGCACACCUGGAUACUGGGAUUCCUUGCUCAAACUUGAAGAGGAAGACCGAGAGUGGAAUAUGGGCAAAGCAAGUUACUGGCAUUCUUUUUCUUUACUAAGUCUUGAAGAUGAAGAUUCUGAAUGGCUCUCAGAUGGUGAUUCUUUCACCGAUAUCUCAGAUGUAGGCACGCCAAGUUACUGGGACUCCUUACUCAGACUUGACAAAGAAGAAAAACUAGAGUGUGUUCAGGAUGAUUCUCCGGUCUCACCGUAUACGGGUACUAUGGUUCAUCCGGUUCUUCCUCCAAUUUCUACUGUCUCUUCAAUAAAUGCUGAUGAACCACUUUUUUGGCCAUUUGAUGGAGAAUUUGAUUGGGAUUCUGAGGAAAGUUCAUUUUGUAACUCGCCUAGGAAAAGACUUGUGUUUGAUUCAAACAUGGACAGUCCUUUGGAAUAUUUUGCUUGGGAGCAAGAAUUUGCAAUUGAGACAUUGGUGGGGCUCAAGGAGUUUGAUGGACACGAGGGGCUUGAACUUGAUUUCGAAUUUAUCGGUGACGGUUUUAUUAUGCUGGAAGAAUUUCUUCAAUAGAUCAGAAGCACAUGCAUAUAUAGGUAGGUUCCAAAACAAGUGUAGAGAAAACAUGACUCCAACUUGUGAAUGAUAACUUAGAACCUAACUAUUAGGCCUUUAACUCCAUUGACAUAACUUUACAUGAUCUAACCUCUUUUACUGUAGGCUGUGAUCGAAGAACAUGUAUAUGUUAGGGUAUGGUUGUAGAUAUAGGCCACAACCUUUGUUGCCUUUGUUGUUGUUUAUCAUGAAUAAAUCUUUGUUUGAAUACAUUCAGUUUUAUUAUCAAUGUUAUUGGGUAGUGUUGAUUCA